AUGGAAGCCUUGGAUCCAACCGAUCCGGAUUUCCUUAAAGAUCCCAUGUCUUUUCCUUUGCCACAUGGGACCGACGACUGGCGAUCCCUUUUCCCUCAAUGUACAGCCCAUGACGAUCUGUUUGAUCAGUCUGCAGAGUCCAACACAUCAUUGUUCGCAGGAUCAUGUCUCAACGACUUAGAUCUCGACCUAAAUGUUGAUCUUGAUGCCGAUCUGUACCUGGAUCCCUUUAUAUCUACAUCCUCGCUCCCUAUUAGCGCUAGGCCAGAUCUCUGCUCCGUUCCUGCAGCUGGUCCAGAAUCUCACGCAUUCAACGACCACGAUGAGCCCAUGCUUGAUUGCUCCACGCUUCCCGACUAUUUUUCCGAUCGAAUCCCCGCUCAGCCGCUCUCCACCCCACCCUUCGCCGUUCCAGAGUCGAUACUCACCCCAUUUCCAACACCACCGCCUCCAACCGCAGCAGCCUCCUGUAUUGCACAACAACGCCCUCCUUGCAUGAUAACUGCAACACAAUCCCUCCGGUCACUUCACAUCCGUCAAAACAGUUGUCUAUCGCGCCGGCCCGGCCCCAGCUGCUGUGGCAGUCAUGACACCAGUGGACCUGAGCAACCACGCAUGUCUGGAUCAGUCCUCAAAUGCAACAAGGACGCGGGCAUGUCAGUCUGUCGCAUGCUACAGUGUGCUUGUGCUCUCCGCCCCCAAAAUCAGCUAAUGCUGGCAAUCAUCUGUUCCAAGCUAAUCGCGUGGUAUCGUGCGAUGAUCCGCACCUGCUUCUUGGGCCGCCAUGGCGCGAAUAGCGCACUCGACGAGGACACCUCGUUAGAGAAAGUGGUUCACCAACCUGUUACGAUCGGAGAUCAUUCGGUUGACGACCAGGCGCUGGGGCUGACCAUUCAGACGCAAGUCACUUUAGGUGAAUUGCGGCACAUGCAACGCCUGGUCGAGACUCUUUCGGCCCGAAUUCGGGAGACCAGGAACCCGCACCCCAAAGCGAUGUCGGGAUUCGAAGCCGAGCCCGAGUCCCAGUCGACUGGGCUCCCAGGGGUCGCACAUGACCAGCUGGUGACCCACUUGCUGAAGGAGGUUCAUGCAGCCAAGGCGGAUCUCGUCACUGCUUAG